AUGGCGGCGAGAUCGAAAAUACCUGCAAGUCUUGUAGAUCAAUUUGUAAGUGUUACGGGCGCCACAAAAGCGAUCGCAAAGUCUUUGCUGGAAGCUUGUAAUGGAAACUUAGAAAUGGCAGUGGAAAUGCAUUUAGAUUCUUGCGAGGAUCCCCAAUCGCAGGCCACAAGUUCGAAUUGUUCGGCACACGAGUCAACUGCAGCUGGAUUUCCUAGUCGGUAAGUUGUGUGUUAGAUUCUUUAUUUUUCAUUUAACGUGGUAAUUUAUCAUUUACUGGGCCUUAAUUAAUAUCUUGCGAUACCAAAUGUGCCUGAAAUAGGCAGAUGUGUUUAUAGAGAGAAAGUGAAAACGAUUGAUGCAAUUGACAAUGUCCCUAUCCUGUCUUGGUGUCUGAAUCGAUUUAUCAGUUAAAGCCUGUGGGCAAUUAAAUUACCAGAACCUGUAUUGAGCUAAGGUAGAUUGCUCACUUUAAUUUUACAACCAUCUCCUAUCGCACAAUUUGCUGUUAAAUUUCGUCCAACCAAAUCCUGGAAAAAUUUAGUUUUUAAAUGAACGAUGUUCAUUUCACCAAAUAAGCUCAUAUUUUCAAAAUUUUAAUUUCAUUCAGUUUUGUUUGUUUCAAUUUUCAAGUGGUACUGAUGAUGGUGAUGUGAGAGCACCUAUUCCUCAGACUCGAGGCAUUCUAGUGGAACCUUAUCAAGGUGUGUUUUAUAUUUUUAGCUCUGGUUUAUUUUUAAUACAAAUAAUAAGUGAAAGAUUAAAUCUUUUCUAAACAGGAAAUCAGGAAUUUAUAGCCUGUUAAUUUUAAUCAAUAAUAUUUUUAAUAUUGUGCUCAAUCAAGUAAAACAUUGCUGAUUCCCUUUGACAUUCAGUACAAACCAACUCUCACUGUUGUGGAUGGAAAGCUUGACAUUUUGACACCUAACUUAUGCUCAGUGGAAGAAUUUGAGCCAACGUAGCCUUGACUGACACACUUUUAAGAAAAUAAUAUAUCAGUCAAAUAAAUUAUAUAAAUUAGAACCAGUGUCAAAGAGAAAAAGUUCCUGGGGUACAAUCAGUUUCUUGAGAAUGUUGGAACGCUUUGGAAUUCCUUCAGAAACUUCAGGUAUGAGCAGGUCCCCCACGAACAAUUCUGGCACUCUAAGGAUUGGCAGGUUUACUGUACUUAUAAAGAAAAAAAUGAGUAAUUUUAAGCAAAAACAAAUUAACAUGAAAGCUCGAAGUUUUUAAUCAGGCCUUUUUUUUAAUUAAAAAAAAGAUAUGAUGAGCAGUGAUUUGCAGUAGAAAUGAGCGAAAAUGAUUUUUUAAAAAAUACUAUAUACGUGAUCUACUAAUGUUUAUAUUUUUAUAGAAAGUUUCAUUUUUGCUAAAAUAUAGUGCGUAAGGAACUACGUUUGAAUGUUUUGACGAGUUUUUUAUUUUCAGCAUAUCCAACAAGAAGACGUCAAGCAAAAUCAGUGUUUGAUGCUUUUCGAGAUUUCCAAGCAGAAGCAAGUAAGUGCAGGAAAAAGAUAGACAGUGAGGUGGGGGCCCUGUGGAGAUGGGGCACCAGACAUGUUCAUUGAAUCCAAGGAAAUGCUUGUUGAAAAGGCACAUACUUGUAGUUCCUUUUUGUAGAGUAUUUCAUUAUAUUUUGCAUAUUAGUCAUUAUUGUUUCCUAGUAUGUGAUCAACUUAGCAUAGGAGAUCAAAUAUAUAUUUGGAUUUUCUAAUAAACCAUAACUAUUUAUUAUUAUUGUGUGAUCCUUUCCAGUUCUUUUUUUGGCAAUUCUCAACCAUUUCUCAGCAUCAAUCCAGCAGCUUAGAGACAUAACACUUUCUACAAGAUAUAAGCGGUACCAAGGAUGGCUGACAACUGUGCACUUCCCAAAAUAUCUGGCAGAUUCAAGAAGUGCAAAGUUAAUAUUUCAGGAAAAGCAUUUUAGUUUACAAUACAAAUCCUUAAUGGUAUUUCCCUACCUCUUGGCAAAAAAAAACUGUUUUGAGCUAUCCCUCAAUGUCCUUUCUGUGAAAAUCUCUCUUGGAAAUAUUUUUCUAAAUACAUUUUUUUGAGGAUUUUGUGUUUUAUCAUAUCUGAAAACUUUCUUAAUUAGGACAACAAGAAGCUGGAAGCAACCCAUCUAUUUCCAGAGGAAAGAAAAAGACAUUGCAUGACUUAUUUCGACCACCAAUUGACCUUCUUCAUAAAGGAACAUUUGACACUGUAAGUUUCCAGUUAAUGUUUAGUACAUAUUUUUUUCUUUGUGAUCAAUUUUCAAUACCUCUUUAAUAUUGUUAUUGUUACUUUUCAACAGGCUCUAACAGUAUUGAAAAUUGAUUACAAGGAAAAAUUAAGAUAAAGACGAAGGUGAACAAGAGUUGGAUACUGUUGUGGUCUCUAAAACUCUUUCAAAGCAACUUUUUGCUAGUUCUUUAUUGACCAUUUUUGGUCUUUUGAGUUUUGAGAAGCUAUUCACCAGAUCAAUCAGUGAAGGUAUUAUCAAAAUCAGAAAGGCAUUUUAUAGACCAAUCCAGUUGUACAACAUUUUGUUCUAUUUUCUUAGGCUAAGAUUGAUGGUCAAGAACACAGCAAAUGGCUUUUGGUAAAUGUCCAAGAUGUGCAAGAGUUUCCAUGCCAACAAUUAAACAGAGAUGUGUGGAGCAAUGAAGCAGUUCGAAAUGUUAUCAAAGAGAAUUUUGUUCUCUGGCAGGUGGGAUACCUUUUUGUAGUAUUUUUUGGUGGAAAGGUGUACAUAUUUGAAUUUUUCUUAAAAGCAUGAAUGUUUCACAUUAUAAAGUCUGGGGCCUGUUGUCUCAGUAAAAUCUUUGAUUCUUUGUUUCUUUCUUUAGCAAACAAAGUCACUGCAGAUAUUUUUAUUACUAUGUUUUUUUUUUUGGUCAAUGAACCUGAAAAACCCAUCACAUGAGAUCAAAUUCCAUUCCACCUGGAGCUUAUUUUAUUUACCGGUAGAUUAUUCCCUCUACUUUAUAGUUGUUUUUUUCCCCUCCAGUUUUGGCAGUUAUUCCUUCUUAUUUUAAGAUAACAAAGCAAGCUUUUGAGCUCUAAUUCUCAAGCGAAUUAAUAAAAAUUAUAAAUUUACAGUCAACCCAAGUCAAGCAUACCCCCCAAGAUUACAUUAAUGAAUUUAUUAUUCGAAAGUUGAAUCCAUUGGUAGUUGUAGAUUUCAGAUUCAUGCCUGCAUUCUUGCAUGCGUAAUGAGCUGUGAAUUCACACGCGAUUCAGUUACGAAAUUUCUACCAGCUAAGUUUCCCUGAAUUUAACGUAAAUGUCUUCUAUGAAAUUUAACCCAUUUAAAGAUUUUCAAUCUGACCCAAUACAGAGAAGCUCUCGUAAAAUAUUCACUGCUCAGUACACAUGCAGGAAUGCCGAUUUGAAUUUAACACUAGUUACCGGAACGACUAACGGAUUCAUUUUUCAAGUAAUCAAUUCAUUAAUAGAAUCUUAGUGGGUACGCUUGACCUGCCUCAACUGUAAUUAUUUCCCCUACAUAGGAAAUUAAUGUUUAAUGAAUGUUUGGAAAUCAGAUGAAAAACUGCUCAUUUUUGCAUCCUUAAUUUUUCCUUCUAAAAUCAUUUUGUAGGAGAAGUAAUAUCAAGUAUUCAACAUAGUGUUUCAUCACCAGAUGAAACACCUCUAAGUUUGUCAAAAAUACUCUGCUGCGUGUCAUGUUUUCAUCUCUCUUCUCACAGAUGAAACACUUCAUCUUACGCUUGAUAUAUUACAUCUCACAUAAAUGAAAAUAUAUGUUUAUUUAUUGCAGGUGUACAGAGACAGCAAUGAAGGAGAGAGGUUUAUCCAGUUUUAUCAUGUGAAUUCAUAUCCAUAUUUAGCAGUACUUGACCCUAGAACUGGUAAAUAAACUUGAGUGAAUUUCCUUAAUUUUUUAAUAUUCAAGUUCAACGAUUGAAUUAGUGUGCGUGUGUGUAAUGAAGGAGUUUUGUACAGUCGGUCACUCAUAAAUUUGUGUGACUCGCAACCAUGUUGAUUUACUUCCUUAAAUUAUCAGCCAAAUCUCACUGCCUUCUUUGAAUGUGUAGCCUGAUGCUACUUGUUUCUCAAAUAUUGUUUAUUUUAUUUUUUUUAUUUCAGGAGAGAAAAUGGUUGAAUGGGGUUUCAUGGAUGCUCAAGCAUUCUGUGACUGUGGUGGGUGCCUUAAAAACUUCAAAGAACUUUUAGUGUUUUUUCUUGGAAAUUUUAAAUCGUUUGCAGCAUCCUUGAAUGAAGUUUAGAACGUAUUAUUGAGUAACGUUUAUUGUGCAGGUUUUUUUGAGAGUAAGUUUAUUCCUUUUCCAAUUUCCAUUUGUAUUUCCGUACCAGCUGCUGCAUUCCUCUUGGAGCAUCCGUCACUAGAAGGAGAGACUCCGCCAGCAAAGAAAAGACGAAGUGUGAGUUGCUUUAGGAAUACUUUUCAUUGUUUAACUUUUCUAGGGGAGGGGACGUCAAAAGCAGUGUAAAAUUGUUUCUGUUGUCGAAAUUGGCCAAACGUGGUUAGUGAGACUUGUUGGUUCACAGGUAACAUCCCUUUCAACAAAUUGUUCCAGAAAAAUGGGCAGAAAAUGAGUGAUGCAAAAUGGAAAGGUCAGGAAAAUUGGCUUGGUGACUGUUUGGUUAGGUUGACUUGUAUAUUGGCUGAAAGAGCUGUCAUUUCUUUUUUUUAGGGGGAGAGAGGGGGAAGGGGUUUUGAUUGAUUAAACCGAACCCUUUCAAAUUUAUAGCAUUGUUCCGGGGCAUUGUUCAAGUGAAGUAGUUGAGAAUCAACGAGAUUUUCAUUCUACACGUUAUCCGUGGUAUCUUCGUCGUUAUCGUACAAGACGCGUAUUAGAAGAAAUGUUACACGAAACUGUUUGGCCAAGUUCGCACCGAAGGAAAAUAUGACCCUAACUUAUCAAAAAAGACGACUACCCAGAGAGAAAAAAUAUUGCCAAGUGGUCCUUCAACUGUUUGCUUUGUUUUUUCUUCCCAGGAAUCAAUUGUAGAUGCUUCUGAAGAUUCACAGCUUCGUGCAGCAAUCGCGGCGUCGUUAGCUUGUACUACGUCUAAAAACGAAACUGAGUCGAGCAGUGAUGAUGAUGAUGACGAUUAUGAAGAUUUGGAAUUUAGUGGAUCGGAUUCUGACUUAUCGCCGCAAAAGAAAGUCGCCAAAACAAGCGUGACCUCGAAUGUUAAAAAAGAAGUAAAAAGAGGAAUAAAUUUUGAUGAGGCUUCUGAGAAGGAAGUUAGUGACAAAGAAAUCAAAUCGCCACAAACUGAACUUUCGAACAGUAAUACAAAGGUUGAAAUUAGUAAAGGAGAUUCCCCAAAGAUAAGUAACAACACGGCAGAAAGAAAUGAGGUACAAGUUAAUGAAGAUGAUCCUAAAAAGGAGGAUAAAUCAGAUUCAAACAACCAAAGAACGCAACAACAGGCUGGUGAGUAAAUUCUCUAUUACUGAGCCAAUUUCACGUGUGUCAUUUAUUAUCGGAACGUUUUGGAGCGCACAUCUUGUACUGUUUCCUCAGCAGCCUCGUUAAACGUAAAGAAAACAAGCAGAAUCAGCUAACAGCCGCGUCCCUCGAAAAAAGAAAGAAGCACAGUCACAUAAUGCAAUUCAACGCAACACCGAAACAGACUCACGCGCAACCUUCAAAUAGCCGAAGUUAUUUUUCACUCUUAAAUGUUUAUCUAAAUGGUCCGUGGCAUUUAGAAAUUUCUGAAAACGUCUUGCGUUGUAUAACGCACUGACCACGUGUCUAAUAAACGUCCACCGCAAAACUCGCUUUUGAAAAUCCGCUUUUAUACUCGCGCCAUAGAGUUCAGUGAUUUGACGCUGUAACGUGCGCACUUUGUUUCCUAGCAGGACCCAUGUGCAGUAUUAUGGUUCGAUUUCCUAAUGGAUCCCGGACUCAUCUCUCGCUGAGCGCCGAGGCGUCUUUAAAGGUAAGUACGGUGUAAGCUAGCGGCGGCGCGAUCUCGCGCGCGCUUACCAAAACUUUUACAGAACAUAGGGAAACCCAGACUGAACACCCCUCGUCCUCGGAAGGACUAAAAACGUUUUUCGAUACAAAGUACGUUGCGUUCGGUUUUUUUUUUUCGGACGGGAGCGAAAGUUUGCAAAUGUUGGGGAACAAAUCUUCCGACUUUUUCCGCCUAUAAAGGAAAAAUAUUAACAUCUCAUGUUGGGUUUGUCAUGUUGGUUUAGUAGCCGGUCCUUCAUCCUCGAUCAAAAACGUUUGAAAAGGAAGAUGUUAUUUAGCUUUGACUAAAUAUUCCCGCCAGACAAUAGAACACAGUACAAACCAUUUACAAGGGCUUUUAAAUUUAGUUUUGUGUUAUUAUAUAAAGUUGAGUUUCCUUUGUUUUUUAUUCAUCUCCCAUCUGAAGCAUUCAGUUCGCUCAUUUCUAAUUUAUUAUUUUUUUCUAGGAUCUUGUUUUAAUGGUACAAAAGGAAGGUUAUCCUAAUGAACGAUAUGAACUUGUCACGAACUUUCCAAGAAGAAAAUUAACUUCCUUGGACUUUGCGACGACCCUUAAGUCUGCGGGACUGUUCCCUCAAGAAACUGUCUUUGUUCAAGAGAGAUAACGAAACUGAACGACAGGCUCUAAAGUCAGUGCGAUAGACAACAUUAUCUAAGACUACGCUCGACCUAUGUGAGGCGACGGCAGUCCGAAGUUGUACGAAUCCUGCCGAAGAUUUAACCAGCGACACUCUCAAGCGCAGCAAGUCGGAAAAUUUCUAUGGUACUUUCGUCACAUUAAAAGUUUUGUUUCGUUAAG